CACUGCAAGCCGAUGCCUUGGCUGUGGAGUCCUGCUUCCCUCUCGCACCGAUCCCGGGCCUGACCUGCGCAUCCUGCGCCUUCGUUGCGCAAGGAGCUGAAGGCUGGUCCCCUGCCCGCGAGGCCGCCGGGCCGGACGCGCGGGUCCCGCCCUGGGUCCCGCCCUGGCUUCGAACCGAGCAUCAGAAUGCAGAGCCAGAGCCCCGGAGCCUCUCCCUGGGCGGCCAUGUGGGCUUUGACAGCCUCCCUGAUCAGCUGGUCAGCAAGUCAGUCAGUCAGGGCUUCAGCUUCAACAUCCUCUGUGUGGGGGAGACCGGCAUCGGCAAGUCCACGCUGAUGAACACACUCUUCAACACGACCUUCGAGACUGAGGAAGCCAGUCACCACGAGGAAUGUGUGCGCCUGCGGCCCCAGACCUACGACCUCCAAGAGAGCAACGUGCAGCUCAAGCUGACCAUCGUGGAUGCCGUGGGCUUCGGGGAUCAGAUCAAUAAAGAUGAGAGUUACAGGCCCAUCGUCGACUACAUUGAUGCGCAGUUUGAAAAUUAUCUGCAAGAGGAGCUGAAGAUCCGACGCUCGCUCUUUGACUACCACGACACGAGGAUCCACGUAUGCCUCUACUUCAUCACGCCCACCGGCCACUCUCUCAAGUCCCUGGAUCUGGUGACCAUGAAGAAACUAGACAGCAAGGUUAACAUUAUUCCCAUCAUUGCCAAGGCUGACACCAUCUCCAAGAGUGAGCUCCACAAGUUCAAGAUCAAGAUCAUGGGCGAGUUGGUCAGCAAUGGGGUCCAGAUCUACCAGUUUCCCACUGAUGACGAGGCUGUUGCAGAGAUUAAUGCAGUCAUGAAUGCGCACCUGCCCUUUGCCGUGGUGGGCAGCACGGAGGAGGUGAAGGUGGGGAACAAGCUGGUCCGAGCGCGGCAAUACCCGUGGGGAGUGGUGCAGGUGGAGAACGAGAACCACUGCGACUUCGUGAAGCUGCGGGAGAUGCUGAUCCGGGUGAACAUGGAGGACCUCCGCGAGCAGACCCACAGUCGGCACUACGAGCUCUACCGGCGCUGCAAGCUGGAGGAGAUGGGCUUCCGGGACAGCGAUGGGGACAGCCAGCCCUUCAGCCUGCAGGAAACGUACGAGGCCAAAAGGAAGGAGUUCCUGAGCGAGCUGCAGAGGAAGGAGGAGGAGAUGAGGCAGAUGUUCGUCAACAAGGUGAAGGAGACAGAGCUGGAGCUGAAGGAGAAGGAGCGGGAGCUCCACGAGAAGUUUGAACACCUCAAGCGGGUCCACCAGGAGGAGAAGCGCAAGGUGGAGGAGAAGCGCCGGGAGCUGGAGGAGGAGUCCAGCGCCUUCAACCGCAGGAAGGCCGCCGUGGAGGCCCUGCAGUCCCAGGCCCUGCACACCACCUUGCAGCAGCCGCUGAGGAAGGACAAGGACAAGAAGAAAUCUUGACCCUCAGCAUGGGACUCCACAAACUGAAGCGAAUUCUCCACUUUACUCGUGACCAAUGCCAAACUGACUGCCCUUUCCCAGUGUCCACCUUGCUGUCUUUUGCUUCUAUUUCAUUUGGUCGUCUGCGUAUCUUUUAAUGUGUGUGUUUUUGUUCUGUUUGUUUUAUUUUUAUUUUUCAGUUAACGCACGCACAGACUUACAUGUCAAGAGCGGACUUUAGAAUUUCAUGUGUUAAGUUGCUUGAGUUACACCUUGUGACCCUUCUCCCAUAACAUGGUGUGAGGACGGACUGGGAGCCGGUACAGACUCCAGUGUUUACAGCCUUGCUCUGUCCCCGCCCCCGCCCUCAGGCCGCCCUGGGCCUGGCGGGCCACCCGUCUCUAUGCAAACACAACAAAGCCAUGAAUGCUGGAAUCCAAAACUGACGAGGUUUAUUUUUUUCAGAGCCAGUGGCUGGUCUUCCAUUUACAGUGUCACUAUUCCUUGACGGAGCAGUUAUGUGCCGCUCUAGCGAAGGCCCCGCCCUCGAUGCUCGGCCUAAUUGUUCAGCGACCAGAUGGCAACUCAUGCCCUGCCUUAGGUGUGGCCGUGUGUGGCACGGUAGACAUGCUGCAAAACUUGCCCGAUUCCCCUUCGUUUUAAUUUUUCUAACCCAGAGCUUAAUUUCAAUAAUAACUUUUAAAACACUUCUAAAUUUUUAUUUUGCCACAAGCGUAAACUAAAUUUUUAUUUUGUCAUGAGCGUAAAGAUGAAUAAUAUCCUCUCCCGUUAUUUUCAUAAGUAACACAGAUUCCCUGAUUUUUAAAAACUAAAAGUAUCUCUAAGCCUUUUUUAUGUAAAAAUAUCCCUAUAAUACAUAGGGAGAGGUGGGUAAUAAACAUCCUGUAAUGACAGUGUUUGGAAUUUCUUUACGGACGAAAGUGGAACAUGAAUACGACCACGUCCAGUGUUUUCACUGUGAAUGUAAAUGGAACAGCAGCCCCAAGCCCUUGUCUGUAUGCCCCUGAGGUGCUACCUAUAAACAGGGACCAACUCCAUGUGUGUGUUAAGUGUUUGACUCCAACUAAGACCCUCAAACCAGUCCUGCGGACUCCAAAUGCACAGAGUGCUCAGCCAGGAAGAGGUUUUUAUGUCAAGGUCCUUGUUUCCUUUUUUCCUGGCUGAGUCACAGGGCAAAAGAUGAAGGUGUCUGGUGGCUGUGGACAAUUUAAGAAAAAGUUCCCAGCAAGGAGCUUUCCCCCUUCAGAUGCAUUCUUAAGGGGGCUGUUUUAAGAAAGUACUAGCAUCAUUGAUUCUUCUGUGUUCCUGUUGGUUGGCAAGCCACCGAGAGGAGCAGGGUUGAAAAUACGACCUGAUAAAAUGGGAGACAAGAAAUGAAUAGAUGAAGGGAAGGAUUUCAUUCAUUGUUGAUGAAGCACUGUGCUGGGCACAGGCUCCCUGAGUAACUCGCAGCCCACCCCUCGAGGGCCUCACAUUCUCUGCGCUCCCUGGCUGGAAGCUGCACUGCUCGACCUGAGGUUGACAGUUUGUUUUUCAUGUCAUCCUCCUGCCCUUCCAUUGCCUGCUUUGUAGAUUUGCAGGACCAGGUCCUGGCUUCCUCCUGCCCUCUGAGAUGGUGCUCCAUUCAGAGUGGGGUGGAGAGGUGAGCCUCGUGUGUCCACUGAGGCAUGGCCAGGGAAAGACAGCCUUUGCAGUGAGGGGCUCCUCUUGCCAGGAGCAAAGCAGAUUUUAUUGAUGCUCAAAGUGAAAAUUCUCCCAGUGUUCUGCCAUGACUGCGGGUGGACCCAUAUUUUGAAGGGGUAGAAACUUGAACUAUUGGAGAAGCCGCUUUCAAAAAAAAGAAUGUGACUACACAAUUAGGUACGGGGCCCUGGGAGGGGCCUUGAGGACUCAGCUUCAUUAGCCUCCCAGUGCAUCCACCUCUGGUUGGGACUGAUAACUGUGUGGGUAUCCAAACAGAUAAAUCAGCAUAUCUAAGGCAGAUGUGGCUUGUCUUUAGGGUAGUUAUAUGUCUGAAAGUUUAUAAACUUGGGCAGAAGCAUGACCUGAAGACAGCAUCUGUUGGCUAAUAUAUUUCUGAGGAUGAGGCUCGAUGACCCAGUAGGUUCACUGGUUGUAUAAGAAAUGAGGUCUCCUGGUUCAUGAGCCAAUUUGGGGAGUCAGGUGGGCAGAUUCUGCCAUCUACCCACCAUAGUCUGCGGGCCAUUCCCAGGGCGUGCAGGAAGGCCAGAAUUAUGGCUGGUUACCUGCCUGCAGGGGACCUGUCAUUGUCUUUUCUGAGGUCUGAGCUGCCUCCACAGGUUUCAUUAGCUUUAGCGAACCUCACUGUGCACUUCUUUCCCUGUGCUGUUUGUGUCUGGAAUUUUGUCGUCUUUAGCUGAGACCAAAUUAAUCCUUGGUGCACAGGGUGAGCUUAAAACUUUGCCCUUAUUUAACAAGCAACCCCUGGUGGAAUGUGGCCCCCGCCUGCACAGUCUGACUUACCCCUCUCUUUCGUUCUCAGUAUCAUUGGUGGGCAUUAUUUGGGCUGUCAGUGGGACCAUGCUGGCAUUUGCUAUCAUGUCUUUCAUGAAUCAAGUUGGUUUGGGGUAGAAUCACUGAUAAUUUCUUGUCCAAACUGAGGCGUUUGAGAGUGAAAGGAGAUGCUGUUAAUUGUUCCAGCUCAACAGGCAUAAAGCCAGAACUGUCUCAGGCAAACCGGAAGGUAGGGGCACCCCAGUCACGGGGCACUGGAGCCUAGGUGGUUUGUAAUGGUGCGGACCGACUGCAUGCAUGCUUUUGUGUCUGUGUGGGGGUUCCCUGUGAUCUGGGGCUCGUGUUACUGGGUAAGGCCUGAGGGAGUGCGGCUUGCUAGUCUGUUACGUCAACAUGCUUUUCUAAAACGGCUUCCCUUGUUAAUUCAUUUACCCCUGCAUUCAUUGACUGUUUUUGUUCCUUUCCAAUCACUUUGUACUUGUUUUUUUUUUCUCCCCAUUAAAUUUUGCAUUUAUUUUGA